ACCUUCGGGGACCUGGGGAGCGGGGACCAGGACAACCUCGGCGUCUACAUGGACCUGGUGGACGGCGUCGUCCUGAACAAAAUCAUGCUUCAAAUAGAUCCUCGGCCAACCAACCAACGUGUCAACAAGCACGUAAAUAAUGACAUCUAUCUUCGGGUUCAAAACCUGACUAUCUUAGUCAGGAACAUUAAGACUUACUAUCAGGAGGUCCUGCAGCAGCUGAUUGUGAUGAAUUUACCAAAUGUUUUAAUGAUUGGCAAAGAUCCUCUUUCUGGUAAAAGUAUGGAUGAAAUUAAGAAGCUGCUGUUGUUGGUUCUGGGCUGUGCCGUGCAGUGUGAAAGAAAAGAAGAGUUUAUUGAAAGAAUAAAACAACUGGAUAUUGAAACCCAAGCUGCCAUUGUGUCACACAUACAAGAGGUGACUCACAACCAGGAGAACGUCUUUGACUUGCAGUGGCUGGAGCUCCCAGAUAUGGCCCCAGAAGAACUAGAGUCCCUCUCCAGGAAUAUGGUUUUCCACCUCAAGAGGCUCAUUGAUGAGAGGGAUGAAUGCACAGAAGUCAUUGUAGAUCUCACUCAAGAGAGAGAUUAUCUACAGUCUCAGCAACCACCAAGCCCUCUGAAAGCACCAAGUCCAGAUUCUUCACCAAACCCAGCCAACCCUCUUUCCAGUGAAGACAAGCAACACCUCACAGUUGAGCUGGCAGACACGAAGGCUAAAUUGAGAAGAAUCCGGCAGGAGCUGGAGGAGAAGUCUGAGCAGCUUGCAGAUUCUAAACAUGAAGUUGAGCAGCUCACCCUAGAGCUGCAAAAAGUAAAACAGGAGAAUGUCCACCUUGCCUCAGAUGCUCGCUCUGCCCGAGCGUACAGAGAUGAGCUUGACUCUCUGAGAGAGAGGGCAAACCGUGUGGAGAGACUUGAGAUGGAACUGGUUCGGUGCAAAGAGAAACUUCAUGAUGUGGAUUUUUACAAAGCUCGCAUGGAGGAAUUAAGAGAGGAUAACAUUGUAUUAAUUGAAACAAAGGCCAUGCUAGAAGAACAGCUAACAUUGGCAAGAGCUCGUGGUGAUAAACUGCAUGAAUUAGAGAAGGAAAAUUUGCAGUUGAAAUCCAAACUUCAUGAUGUAGAGCUGGACCGGGACACGGACAAGAAGAGAAUUGAAGAGCUGCUGGAGGAGAACAUGGUCUUGGAGAUUGCACAGAAACAGAGCAUGAACGAGUCUGCACACCUAGGCUGGGAACUAGAACAACUGUCUAAAAGCACAGAUCUUGCAGAUACCAGAAAGUCCUUUGUGUUUGAGUUGAAUGAAUGUGCUUCGAGUCGCAUACUGAAGCUAGAGAAGGAUAAUCAGAGCUUGCAGAACACAAUCCAAGAGCUGAGAGAUGCAUCCCUGACCUCCAGAGAGAGCAGCCUAAAGUUUGUGGAACUGGAAAAGGAAAAUCAACAGCUUAGCAAAAAGAUUGAGAAGUUGCAAAAUCAAAUUGAAAAAGAGAAGCAAAGUAAUCAAGAUUUGGAAACCUUGAGUGAGGAGCUGAUAAAAGAUAAAGAGCAGCUACAAGUCGUCAUGGAGACUCUAAAAGCUGACAAAGACAGACAGAUACAGGACCUUAAACAAGAAAAUGAUCACCUUAAUCAAGUCGUCUUAUCCCUGAGACAAAGAUCACAAGUGAGCAGCGAGGCAAGAGUGAAAGAUAUUGAAAAAGAGAACAAAAUCCUUCAUGAAACAGUUACUGAGACAAGUAGCAAACUGAGCAAGCUGGAAUUUGAGAAGAAACAGUUGCAAAAGGAUUUUGACCAAGUUAGAGAAAAAGUGGAAAGAGUGGAAGAAAUGGAAAAAGAACUCCACCGGCUGGAGAGGGAGAAUGAACAGCUCACAAAGAAGGCAGCAGUGAUGAAAAUAGUGACAGAAAAAGUGGAAGUUCUUGAGCAGGAGAAUGGGGAUCUAGAAGUGGAAAAUAGGAAGCUAAGAAAAUCCUUGGACACACUGCAGAAUAUUUCCAUCCGGCUUGGGGACCUGGAAAGGGACAACAAGCAAUUGGAUGAAGAAAAUCUGGAGCUUAGAAGAGUGGUGGAGACCAUGAGAUUUACCAGCACAAAAAUGGCACAAAUAGAAGCAGAAAAUAAAGACUUGGAGAGGGAGAAAGAGGACUUAAGAAAGAAUGUGGAAAUGUUAAAAGCAAUGAACAAGAAGUCAGAGAGACUGGAGCUAAGCUAUCAGAGUGUCAACUCUGAAAACCAGAGACUUCAGCAAAUUGUGGAGAACAGCAAUAAAAAGAUCCAAGAGUUAGAAAAAGAAGUACAGGGAAUGGAGAGUGAAAAUCAGGUCCUCCAGAGAAACCUUGAGGAGCUAAAGGUUUCUGCCAAACGACUAGAGAGGUUAGAAAAGGAGAACAAAGCCCUAGAACAAGAAGUGUCUCAACUUGAGAAAGACAAAAAAAUGCUAGAGAAAGAAACAAAACGGCUUUGGCAGCAAGUGGAGCUGAAAGAUGCUAUUUUGGAUGAUAGUACAGUAAAGUUGGCAGUUGCUGAGAAAGAAAACAAGACACUAGAAAAAGAAAUUGCUCGAUUCAGAGAUUCAUCUACUAAGCUGAAAGAAUUUGAAAAGGACAAUAAAGAUCUCCUAAAGCAAGUGACAAUUGAUAAGAGAACACUAGCUACAUUGAGAGAGGAUUUGGUCCUGGAGAAGCUGAAGAGUCAACAGUUGUCUAGUGAGCUAGACAAACUGAGCCAGGAACUGGAGAAGAUAGGAUUGAACAAAGAGCUGCUACUAGAGGAUGACAAUGGCAAUGGUGACACAAAAUACAAGGUUUUGGAGAGCAAAACUGAGUCAGCACUAAAAUCAACACUAGCUUUGAAAGAGGAAAAGAUUGCAAUGCUGGAAGCUCAAGUGAAAGACUCUCUGAACUUGAACCAGCAGUUACAGAACGAUCUAAAUAUGAUGAAGAAGGACUUUGAUGCACUAAAGCAGACUCAACAGGAUGGGCAGUAUGACCAGAAUUCACUGAGAUGUUCAGCAGAGGAACUCAUUCCCAACCAGCCAAUGAAUGAGAAAUUGGAAAUGGGACAUGAAGAGGCUACCAUAGAGCUGCUGAAACUGAAGGACAGGGCAAUUGAACUGGAAAGGAAUAACGCAGCCCUGCAUACUGAGAAGCAGCUCCUUAAAGAACAGCUAAAGCAUUUGGAAACACAGAAUGUCUCCUUCAACAAUCAAAUCCUGACACUACAGAAGCAAAAUGUCUUCCUUCAGGAGCACAAUACUGCCCUACAGACACAGACAGCCAAACUCCAGGUAGAAAAUUCAACUCUCAGCUCCCAGAGUGCUUCACUGAUGGCCCAGAAUGCUUUACUCCAAAAUCAGCAGACAGCCAAGGAGAAUGAGAAUGAAAAUCUACUAAAACAGAAGGAGCAGCUGAAAGCAGAGUAUGAGUCAUUGCUUCAAGACCAUGAACACCUUGCUUCACUGCAUGAACGGCAGUCUGCAGAGUAUGAAAUGCUAAUAAACCAGCACAGCUGCCUGAAAACAUUACACAAAAACCUGGAUCUGGAGCACAAAGGUCUGGGUGAGAGAUACAACAGUUUAAUGAAACACAAGGCAGAAUUGGAAGAGUUGGAAUUAGUUUUAAAAACUGAGAGAGAGGUUCUGCAACAAGAGAGAAGAUCAAAUGCAAUAACCACUGGGGAAAAUCAGAAGCUGAGGGAGGAACUGGACAGGGUGAAUUUCUUGCACAGCCAACUGAAGGCAGAGUAUGAAGGGCUGCAUUCACACACUAAAGAGCUGAAAACUUCCUUGAAUAACUCUCAGCUGGAGCUGAAUCGUUGGCAAGCUCGCUACGAUGAGCUGAAGGAACAGCACCAGUCCAUGGAUAUCUCUCUGACCAAGCUGGAUAACCACUGUGAGCUGCUGUCACGUCUAAAGGGAAAUCUGGAAGAAGAAAACCAUCAUCUUCUGAGUCAGAUUCAGAUGCUGAGCCAGCAGAAUCAGAUGUUACUGGAGCAGACCAUGGAGAGCAAGGAGCAGUAUCAUGAAGAACAGAAACAGUACAUUGAUAAAUUGAAUGCCUUAAGGAGACACAAGGAAAAACUUGAAGAGAAGAUAAUGGAUCAGUACAAGUUCUAUGAUCCUGCUCCAAAAAAGAAAAACCACUGGAUUGGAGCCAGAGCCUUAGUCAAACUAAUCAAGCCAAAGAAGGAGACUACAAGGGAGCGGUUGAAACCAGCAGCAGAAAGUCCCACAUGGCAUUCUGAAUCCCCAGAGAUGGUAAACUCUCCAUCUGCCUCCCAGAAAUUGAAACAUCAACACGAGUCUCAGGAUAAUACCUCUCAAGGGUCAAAUCCUAUGGAAGAGAGAGAGAGCCCUGGGAGUUCUUCAAACAAAGGUAAGGAAUGCCCAGCCUAAAAUCAGGAGCUGAAAAAUAUUUUUAAAAGAUGUAAUAUAUAGGAUAUGUUAAUAUUCAAUCAUAUUAUAUUUUGGGGGGGGGAGUGGUGUUUGGCUUUUUAUUUGUUUUGUUUUGUUGGCUUUUUUAGUAAAAUAAAAAUAUUAGUGAGCAAAGAAACCUAAACUAAAAAUUGGAGUAAAAUCUAGAAGGUAGGGGGUUGGUUUUAACUUGAUUUCUUCCUUUUAUUUCAUACUUCUUCCUUCAACUUUAGUAUGAAGUUUCUUGGUUUGCCCAAAUGUAUUGCAUGUUACCGAAUAAGUUGGUUGAAAUAUCUCAUUUAGUGGGGUUUUGCAGCAAAGCAGUUUCAGUUUAAAGCUGUAUGAUAAAGUGGUGUGUGGUUCAGGAGCAGAGGCUGCUUUUUCAACGGGCACGAUCUGGCUGACAGCCACUGCCAGCAGGUGGUGCACAUGCAAAACAAAUAAUGUGGCAAAUGCCAAUUUAGCGUAACCUGGUUGUUUUGGAGGACUUUGCCAUCUUUUGACUUCAAAUCAAACUAGGAAUUAGUUAAUGUAAAAUGAUGAAAUGAUUUUUUGUUUUUUGAACACUAGGACAAAUGUAAGGAAGAUAGAAUGAUUACUUUUUCUGUUUAGUUAGUUUAUACAGUAAAUCAGGUGUUCCCAAUAAUGGGAAAAUUAAACGAAAGCUCCUCAAAAUAAAUACUCUGUCAUCCUUAUUAAAGGUAAUAUAUAUCCCAAGCUUUGUUUAUUCUACUGAGAGCAUUGCUGUCAGCUUCUAUAUAUAGAUCAUUGUUCUCCAGGAAUACUUUUCAAGAGGCAAUUUUGAAAUUAAUACUUGAAUAAUAAUUCCUGUCUUCCCACCGAGGAGUGUGGAAAACAGAAGGGGAGCAGCUGAAAAGAGUAGAAUUCUUGUUAUAAACUACUGCAAAUAUCUGUCUGUCUGAAGUUUUUGUUUUGAUUGAGUUUUAUAUUUCUCUCUCUCCAUUCUAAUCCUUCAAGGUCAUUUAUUCAUUUAAAAUAAAAACACAUGUCUCAGAUCAUCCAUGUGAUUUUAGAUGUUGAGGGUUUAAUAUGCAUCUGGGUUUCAGCAUGGGAUUUGGGCUUGGGUUUCCACAGAACUAGGCCCUUGUGGAGUGCCAGAGAUAACAGAAAGUCUCUGUGGCUUCAUUUGUUUUGAUGUUAUGUGAAACACGCUUACGUGGAGUUCAGGAGCCAUCAGUAUUAAAGCCUAGAAGACAUCUAGGACGUUUGAGUAUGUUAUCACUGAGAAACAUGCACACCUAUUUGAUCUUAUAUUAUUAAGUAAAAACAUUUUGGGUGAUCUAACAGUAAUUUUGUAAAGGACUUGCUUACAUUUUAUGUGUAUGUGUUAAUCUAUGCGUUAAUCUGAGUCAGAUUAGCUAUGGUUAACUAUACGUUCAUCAGUCCUCCAAUAUAGGUGUUAGUCAUUGUUUAGCCUUUUUGUUUUUACUGGUUGUGUAGUCUUUGAUCUGUGUUAAGAUGCUAAGUUUUAUUUACAAUGCUUUUAUUUUACCUUUUUUCUUCUUCUUUUUGGGAUACCUGGGUGAUAACAAUUUAGCUGCACUGCGCAAAAAGAUUGCCUUUUUGAGAAGCAAAAGCAAGGAUAAAGAAAAGUCUCCUAAGUCUCCAUCGAAUCAUCAGUCUUUCUCUAAUCGGCUCCGGUUCUGGUCUUCUUCCGACACCCCAUCCUCUCCUAAUGAACCUCUUUCUUUCCCGGAAUUGGGAGUUUUCUAACACCUUCUCUUUAGCAUUUAUCUUCAUUUGUUUCUCACAAAUAUUAAAAAAAAACAAACACAAAAAAA